ACCAUCCGCUCAGGUUGAUUUGCUGAAAAAGCUAAGGCAGGAGACCACCCAAAAUUAAGCAUUUUAGAUAAACUUAGAACUGAUGUUCUUAUAUGGAGUGUGUCUGCCAAAAGCUCUACCAAGACUGGAUUUGUUGAUAUCUUGUAUUGUUUUACUUAGCUUCAACAAUUAAGAUACUCAUAUGCUGGUGCCAAAGAAUAUGGCUCUUUUUUUAUCAACAUGUAGCAUGAAGCAAGUGGUUCCUAGAGGCAAUCAACUAAAGUCAUUUGGCAUGAAGAUAUCAUUUGGAAGAAGAGCUGAAUCAUUCAGAUUUUGUGGUAGAACUUCAUUCUAUAUUUCACAAAUUAGUACUCUUCAAUCAAUCUUCACAAACCAUGAAAGAAAAUGUGAUUUCCUAUAUCCUUGUCACAUUAAAGGAAAUUCCAUCCCAUCUGCCAUUUUCAUGCAUCAGAGGACAUUGACACAUGAAAGUACUUUGAUGCAAGAUGAUAAGCAUAAAGAAGAAAGUGGGUCAAGGAGGAGAAGUAGAAAACUACUUGAUUUUUCUGAAGACCAAUGGUUCACAGUAGAACAGUGGAACCACAUGAAAAUCAAGUGGAUGGAAGAGCAGAAGCGACAGAAAAAGCACUACAUAGCAAGAAGCACUUUUGAAUAUGAACUGCGUGCCAUGGAAUCGAUUGCUACACAAGGGCUCUCGGUGUCUGCGAAGUCGCUUGUUGCCUUCAUCAAGGAUGAACCCUCUGCUUUGAAGUAUCAGUUGGUGAGUAAAUGUCUCUUCAUGUGUACAACGUGUCAGGAUCUUGAAGGAAUUCUCUGGUGUGUUGAUUGGUUAGAGGAGAACCAUAGGAUGAUGGAUAAGGGAACCAUAGCCAAUGCUGUAUCUGGUUUGUGUAUGACAGACCGAUGGAAGGAGAGCAGCAGGUUUCUUGCGAAGGCAGAUGACGCCGAUUGCGUGACAUCAAGAAUCCUAGAACCUUACCUGAUAGCUGCUUGUCAGCAUGGUGAUAAAAGUCUUGCCAAAUCUAUGCUUGAAGACCACUACAGAAGAGAUCUCAUACCAACAGAUGCCAGUGUUCUAGAGAUGCUCUCAUUCUUUACUAGCAGUGUUGACGACCAGUCUGUUCUUCAGGACAAUGUGGUUGUGGUGGUUGGACUCUUGAAUUAUCAGAGGGCAAAGAGGCACUUUCCUUCACACGAUGUUGCAAAGGAACUGGGUAACUGGUUCAAGAGCAAGCAACAUGAGACGUGGCGAGUUUCUUUCACCCAGAUCAGCCAUACAGGGGUUUGUAAGUCUUGCUCCAGUCAUCUUGAACCUCUGAAGAUAAGUGAGGAAGAGUUCAUCAAUCUUCGAGAAGAGAUCUUUAGCAAGGUAAUCAGAGGCAAGGAUAUAUUCAGGAAGACCACUCCAAAAGAACUUGAUGCAUUCAUGGAUUUUAUUGAUUCUGGACCCUCAUAUGACGUUGUCAUAGAUGGACUGAACGUCGCUAAACUCAAGAAGAGAAAGUCACCAGGAAAAGUGCUGAGACAAUUUGUGGAAUACCUUACCAAGAACUGUGGUUACCGCUGUCUUGUCCUUGGAAGACAUCACAUGUUGAAACAAAGAUCCCAGUAUGAGAAAAAUGACUUGGGUGUUAUACAAGACUUGGCUGACUGCUUCUUCACACAAAAUAUGUCAGAAGAUGACCCUUUCAUGUUGUAUGCCACCAUGCACAGUGGUACCAAGACAAAGUAUGUCAGUAGAGAUCUACUUCGUGACCACAAAGCCUUACUCAGUCCAGAAGCUCAUCUGUCUUUCAUUAAAUGGCAACGUAUGCAACAGCUCACUCCUGUGGACUUUAGAGAUGGACAGGCGAUCUUUAAGCAAAAUCUGGCUCAUGACACUGUGAUGCAAUCAACAGAAAGGAGUUAUCACAUCCCCUAUGAUGAUGGUCAUCCACGAUUUUCAUACGAGGUUCCUCUAACAUGGCUUUGUGCUGUUAAAGAAUAAAUGAUGCACACCUCAAAAACAUGCCAAUGGAUAAUCUACAGUCAGCGUCCAACUUUCUACUUGUUUCAUUGUGAACAAUUUGUGCUGGAUUUAUACCUACGAUUUGAUGAAAGGUUUUGGAUCUUUUUAAAACCAUAUGACUGCAUUUUGUAGCCUGCUGCUCGUGAUGUUGGUCUCUUGCAUUCAGAAACAUAUUUAUUUUUGCAUUACUAAGUUGAUUUCUCUGUCAGUUUCAUUAAUAUAUGCUGAUUCAACUUAUUGCUAUGUGUAAACUUUAUCGUUAUUUGCUGAUUAGAUAAAAUGCUAUAUGAUUUGAACUCAUAGUAAU